AUGGCGAGCUUCGAGAUUACGAUCAAAAACAGGUCCAACAACAAUCAAUCAUUCAUUCUUCUUCAGGAUAUACAAGUCACAGGCAAUCUUGGCCAGAGUCAUGUAUUCCCCAAUGUUUACCAGAGUUCCCGUAAUGUCAAUGGGAUGGGUGCCAGCACCAAAUUUGUCAUGAAGCAGCAGUACUAUGCCAUUCAGGGUACCUCUUCGAACACUGGUGAUGGGUCCAUCCGUGUCAACGUCAGCGACUCCGUACCUGCUAAGCUUGGUCCCAACGGAACAACUGCUGCCGUUACCACUGUCGAUGGGUUCCCGACAUGGGAUCAGUCUCAGAUGGCCAAACCGGCUCAAGGUCAGGGCAGCUUUGACCUUCUUAUCGACAACACCUUCAAGUCCCCCAAUCCCAAUCAGACUUACGUGGGUUGCGGUGCCCCUGACCCGUGGACUGGGGAAGUGAUUCCGGUCAAGACUUGGUUGGCCCAGCCAGGUGUGAACAGCCAGGUAAUUCCGAGGCCCAGAUACUUCAUCGCCUUAGGUCACUUUAUUCCCGGAGUUAUUGUGGACAGGCGCUCGCUUGGCUGGAUCUUGACGGUUGAUUUCGCCGGCGCGGCUAUCCCGAGCGCCACUUUUACACUCGCUCACGAUGGUACAUAUCAACCUGAUGACCAGGUUGCAGCCAAUGGUGUCAAGUGGAGCUAUGGAAACAUUGAUGAAGCUUAA